AUGGAAAAAAAAAUAAAGUCACAGUUAUUUAUUAAAAUUCCUAAGUUUACCCUUUUAAGUUGGAUAUGUUAUAUUUACAUCUAUAUGAGUACAUUUAAUAAAUACUUGGAUGAAAAUUACAUUUAUAGUAGAAAAAUUCAUGGAACAACAUAUCGUAUACUGUCAAAAUAUAAACAGGAUAAAUAUUCAAAUGCCUUAGUUUUAAAAGAGGAAAUGACAAAUAAUGGAAUGAAGAAAAAAAAAGAUAUAUCUAAUAAUAUGGAAGGGUACACUGGAAAAAGAAAGCAUUCAAAUGGAACUCCAUUAGAAUUUAGAGGAAACUGUAAAUCAUAUAUGAAAAAAAACAAUUGUAUGUUUGAAACAAAAAAAUAUUCCCACUUUGAAAAAAAAAUAUUCAAAGAAAUGGAUUUUAUGGAUUUUCUUAAAAACAACAAGACAAUUAGUAAUAAGUCUUACAGAAAAAUAAUACGUAAAAAAUGCGUACAACUAUUUGUUUUACCUUUAUUAAUAUUCUUUUUGUUAUCAGUACUUCUCAUAGUAGAUUCAUCAUGGAGUUUUGCAGAUGGAGAUAAAGGGUUGUGGGGUACAAUAGGAUUUUCGGAUAUUUUAAAAAAAUGGGGACAAAAUGAUGAGUGGUUGAAUGCAGUAUAUGAGUCUCUGAAAGAUGCAAAAUGGUUUUGGAAGCCCAUUGGAAUCGCGUCUGAAAAUAGCAGUGAAUUGGCUGUAAUAUUAAGAUUAUUUAGAAUCCUAAUAUAUGGCUUACCGUUUUUAAUAUUAGGUAUAACACUUAUAUCAAAGGUUUUUUAUUAUCAUAAAAAAGUUAAAAAAUAUGAAAGAAUAAAGUUCAGACAAAGAUAA